AUGGAUGAUUCGAUAGAUAAAGGACAGGUCUUCUUCCGAAGGCCGAGGAAAAGCUGUCUGUGUGUGUGCGCUGCGGGUCCGUCAAAGCCGGGCCUCAUGAAGCCUUGCCAAAGGACGUCGGACGAGACGGACAAUUCGCGCACACACACACACGAACACGAACACACGCGGAGGCUACAUCCGGGGACAGGUACGCUGUGCCCGGCUUCGGGCAGCCUCCAGGCAGUGCCUAAAAGGGUCCAGGAAAGAAGUCCGCCGCUCGUCCUCCCGGUCGCUCUGCGCUUCCCUGCGGAGAGGACAAACGAAUUGGACGGGAGGGUAGGAGAGGGGACGUUAGGGUAG